AUGCUUAGAAGCAGUUGGUCGUAUAAGGGGUCGGUUCUUGAAGCAAAAGUACCAAAGGAAUUGGCGCCAAAGAUUGUAAGCAAUCAUUUGUACUAUCCUUAUUUCAAGGAUUGCAUUGGCAUGAUAGAUGGGACCUACAUUGACGUUUUUCUUCCUGCUAGACUUGUGGCCCGCUUUAGAGGUCGUAAAGGUGUGACUCAAAAUGUUCUAGCCGCAUGCACCCCAAUAUUGGCUUGUGCUAUACUUCAUAACUACAUUGCUAUAGUUGAUCCGGGCGAUGACUUAUUGAAUGAGGAUAUUACUAUUGACGAUGAUGAUGGAGGAAUAGCUACUAAGGGUGAAGAUGAUAAUGUUGCCAACUUUUCUCAAAAUGUAACUCAAAGAGAAGAAAGAGAUUCAAUGAAUGAAUGGAAAGAGAAGAGGGACGACAUUGCAAGUGCUGUGUGGGUAGAUUAUUGUAACAAGUAUCAUGGUGGGGACACAACCGAAAUUGGCUUGUAA